GACUGUUCACCAGGCCCGGGGCCACACCCCGUCCCCAGGUGGAGACUACCUGUAGGGAGACAGUCAUAAAGAGUUCGCAUGUGGUUCAUGUUCUCCUCCUGCGGCAACUAGGUAAAAAAAAUAACACAUUUUACAGUACUAGCUAUUCAUUUGGAGCCAGCUGUAUUUUUCUUGACUGUCGAUGGAUAUGUGUUGAUUUUAUCUUGAGCGAUUGUAAAGUUUUGUUUAAGCGCACAGAAGAUUGUUCUGGGGAAUCUCGGGAUGAUGAGCGUUCGAUUUGUUAGGAGAUACACGGAUGCGUGCGCAGCAACAUGUUGUGUUGAGAACGGCUUAGCGACGAAGCUGUUUUUAUGAACGAUAAUAUCACAAAAUGUACGAGAACAAACACUAGUCAGGACAUUAGUCUGAUUUAAUCAGAGAGGUAAAAUGUCAUCCGUUUCGUAGAAUGUCGGUUAAGUUGCUCUUAGUUUCCCUGCACACAUUGUCAAUCCUGUACCUUUUGUGGACAUCCACUUGAGACAUUUAUUUUUUAAUGAUUGAGUGUCAUUUUAAAUAAUGUAUGGACCUUAUUACUUGGUAAAACCUUUGUUGACGUGGCCAUGAAACCGUUUUUAUGGGCCAGCCAAAAGCCAAUCUACUUCCCUUUGUGUUUUCUGAUGACUUCUGACUUCUUUACUGGAUAAACAGGUAUUUGAGGAGGUGUUUAAUAUGGAGCAGUGUAUGAGGAAGCCAGAGGUCAGAAAAACUGCCAAACCACCGCCACCAAAACCAUCCCCAAAGCCCAAGCAGGAUGCUCCCGCGCCCCCCCCAACCGAACCGGGCCGGACCCAGCAGCUCAUCCGGAGGAUAGAGAUGGCCAAGGAACAGGGUAAUGGAAACCCGGUGCAGGCAGAGACCGGAGGAAGACCUGUUGCUCCACCCCGACGGGCUGAGAGGGAAGCUAAGAUAACAGACCAAGCCCCCACAGAAGACUCAAAACAGAGAUCCCAACUUGGAGCAUUUCAAAAGAGCCAGAAGGAGAAGACUCCUGCCUUUACAAGCACCGUGGGUAAGAACGCUGAGACCCAAGAUAAAACCCAAGAUGGCCCCUCCAUGAAGAGUGGGAAGCAGAGUUCCUUUAUGGAAACAUUGAAGGGUUUUCACGUAGAGCUAUCUAUGCAGUAUUCCAGCGACGAAGCAACAUCAGAAGAGGAGCAGUCUUCUGAGAGCCACCGGCCUGAGAAGCACACAGAUCCCAAGCCUGAAAAAGGAAAUAUCCUGUCUGGCAUAUUCCGGAAAAAAACUAAAGACACCUCGCCAUCUCCAUCAUUAACGGUCAGUGCAGCAGAUGCAGAGCCUGCUGACGAGGACAUCGUCUCCCCUGAAAAUCUUGGUGUUGCCAAGGAGGUUUCGGAGAGCAAUGACAGUCUGUCUGAAAACAACCCAAAGGUAAAGGAAAAGAAGGGCAUUUUCGGCGGAAUCCUCCGGAAGACCCCGAAGCCGUCAGAGGCAAAGGACACGCAGUCUCUCUCCAGCGAGCUUUCAGCCAGCAAUGACAGUCUGUCUGAGACCGCCAAGACCACGAAGGACAAAGGAAGCAUCUUCAGUGGGAUGUUCAAAAAGGACCCUAAGCUGUCAUCUGACAGCGGCCAGCCACAACAUGGGGAGGAACACUCGCUCCAGGGUAAGCUCUCGGGCAGCAGUGACAGUCUGUCAGAAAACAAGGAGAAAGGCCACCUGUUCAGUGGACUCCUCAAAAAGAUUCCCAAAGCACCGAGGGACAGCCAGGAAGACCUGUCCGGGCAGGGAGAGCUGUCCAAUGACAGUCUCUCUGAACAGAAACAACCCAAGGAGAAAGGAGGUGCUUUCAGUGGAAUGUUCAAGAGAUCGAUUAAACAUGACGAACAGUCCCUGAAUGAGCUGGCGGCAAGCAAUGAAGGUCUAUCGGAAAAUAGCAUGGGGAGUCUCGCUGGGCAGAAGGAGCUUUCAGAGAGCAACGACAGCCUGUCUGACACCAAAAAGACAAAGGAGAAAGCUAAACCGUUCAGUGGAAUGUUCCGGAAACCCAACCAAAGCAAACCAGUAGACGCUUCUCAACCGGAGGAGGAUAAAGAGUCAACAAACCGUGAUCUCCUGGCUAGCAACGAGAGCUUAUCAGAGACCAAGGAAAAGGGAGCUUUGUUUGGUGUAAUUCUGAAGAAGACUCCCAAAGCCACCGUAGACGCCACCGAGGACAAAGAGGUCGACAAGAAACUCCCGGUCAGCCAUGACAAUCUCUCUGAGGGUAACACUGUAAAGGAGAAACACAUCUUUGGCGGUAUCUUUAAGAAGCCCCAGAAGACGACGCAAGAGGAGAGCUCCGAUGACGAGGAGUCGAACCCGCCUGAAGAUGACUUCUCGGCUAUCUUCAAAGAUCUCUCUGAGACAACAACUCAGAAGGAGAAGGGAGGACUGUUUGGUGGGUUUCUCAAGAAGACCCCCAGAGCCACCGGUGACGACACAGAGGAGAAAGACAGCGAUAAGGAAAUCACCGGCAGCAAUGACAGUCUGUCUGAGGGUCGCCCCGCAAAGGAGAAAAGCAUCUUUGGCGGUAUCUUUAAGAAGCCCCAAAAGCCAACGCAAGAGGACAGCUCCGAUAGAGAGGGGUCGAACCAGCCUGAAGAAGACCUCUCGGCUAGCUGUGAGAAUCUCUCUGAGACCUCGACUCAGAAGGAGAAGAAACCAGGAUUUUCCGGAUUAUUCAAAAGGACGGCCAGCAUGGACAACCUCGACCAGGAGGAGAAAGGAGGACUGUUUGGUGGACUUCUCAAGAAGACCCCCAAGGCCACCGGCGACGACACAGAGGAGAAAGAUGGCGCAAAGGAAAUCACCGCCAGCGAUGACCGUCUGUCUGAGGGGAACGCUGCCAAGGAGAAACACAUCUUUGGCGGUAUCUUUAAGAAGCCCCAGAAGCCAACGCAAGAGGAAAGCUCAGAUAGAGAGGGGUCCAACCAGCAUGAAGAAGAAAAAUCUUCUAGCUGUGAAAAUCUCUCUGAGACCACUAAUCAAAAGGAGAAGAAAGGAGGUCUUUCCGGUUUGUUCAAAAGGUCCGCCAGCAUCGACAACCUGAAUGACAAUGAAGAGAAAAGUAUUUUCAGUGGCAUUUUUAAGAAGCCAGCAAAAGCCUUGGAAGGGUCUACAGCUGACGAGGAUAUUGAAGGAAGAUUAUCCGUCAGUGGUGAUGAACUUUCAGAAACAGCCAAGGAGAAAAUGGGCGGGAUCUCUGGCAUGUUCAAACGCUCCCCCAAACCAGCUCCACGUUCCCUGGUCGCCAAGGACCCGCUCCAAAACACAAAUGAACUUGGCGAGAGUGACGAUGAAAGUCUGGCAGUGAAGGAUACGAAGACUUUACUGUCCGCCAGCAAUGACAGUCUGAACGAGGUUUCCACCACAAAAGAGAGGAUGAGAGCUUUUGGUGGGAUGUUCAAGAAGGCCCCAAAAGCAGUUGAACAACAGGACGAUGACGAGCCCAGACCACUAGGGGGCGGUAGAGGGCUUAAACGCAGAAAGACCAUCAUCAGGAAGAAACGGGUCGUGUCAUUCAGAGUCAAACGGACUCUUCCAAGAACUGCAAAGAGCUCCGACCUGCUCCCUCUGAUGGAGGAAGAGAGUGUGGAGAUGAGGGAGAUUACCCCCUUCCAGGAGGACUCAGUCGAGAUCCAGAAUGUGGAGAUGGCAGCCUACCCCACUGAGGAAAACAACCGCGAUGCUGAGGAGAGCGAUGAGCUGAUGGAGUGGUGGAACGGGGUCGUAGGUUGGGCAGAAUGGAACGAGACAUCAAACUUUCAGGAGGAAGAUGAGGAACGGGCUGUGGAGCAGGCGGCCGACCGUCUGUUCAUGGCCGCCCGGCUCUUCGUGCGUAUCUUCAACCAGCGCGGGGCGUCGCUGCAGCAGCGCAUCCUGGAGCUGCUGGCCCAGGCGGACGCCGCCGACCAGUUCCACAAGCGCACCGUGUCGGCGGCGGUGGGCGGGGGCGUGGCCAGCGUGGUGGGCAGCGUGGCCACCAUCACCGGGCUCAUCCUGGCGCCGUUCACCUUCGGCGCGUCCAUCAUCGUGACGGCGGUGGGCAUCAGCGUGGCCACGGCGGGAAGCAUCGCCUCGGCGUCGGCCAACAUCACGGACGCCGUGCACUCCAACAUGGACCGCAAGAAGGUGGAGAAGAUGAUCCAGGGGUACCAGGACGAGAUGGAGGACAUCAGCGAGUGCCUGGCCUUUGUGCAGGAAGGCAUGGUGACCCUGCAGGAGUGGGACUUCGAGAAGUACUCCCAGAGCGCCGCCAAGAAGGCGCUGAACCACAACAUCAAGCACGUCAUCAAGGAGGGCGGGCGCGCGGGCAAGGCCCUGGUGAUCAAGACCAACGAGCUCAUCAGCACCGUGCAGAUUCUGGGCGCGGCCGGGGGCGCGGCCAAGGCGGCGCAGGCCAUCAGCGUCACCACGGGCGUCAUGUCGGCGCUCUUCCUGGCGCUGGACGUCUUCUUCCUGGCCAAGGACUCGCACGAGCUGCGCAAGGGCGCCAAGACCAAGUUCGCCAAGAAGAUCCGGGAGGUGUGCACGGAGCUGCAGGCGGGCCUCCUGGAGCUGAACAAGGUGAAGUCGCAGCUGCAGAAGACCAUGGACGGCAUCGAGCUGGAGGAGGUGGAGGAGAUCCUGGAGGUGGAGGAGGAGGUGGACGAGGAGGAGAGCGCCGACGAGCUGGAGUCGGACCCCGCCAAGCUGGCCCAGAUGUACGAGGAGCUGGACGUCAUGGAGGAGAAGCUGGACAAGAGGGCGCUGGAGGAGAAGGAGCAGAGGGAGAGGGCGCAGAGGGAGAAGGAGCAGAAGGAGAAGGAGGAGAAGGAGAGGGCGCGCAGGGAGAAGGAGCAGAAGGAGAGGAGCGGAGGGGAGCAGCAGGAGAAGAACAAGAAGGAGAAGGAGGAGGUGAACGACAGCAGCAGGUCGGCGAAGGGGACCAAGGCCCAGAGCGAGCGGGAGCGGAAGAGGGAGAGCACCGAGGCGGAGAGCGCGACCGCGCCGGGCAGUCAGAAGGAGCCGCCGGGAGGAAAGAAGGCGAAGGAGGCGGAGAACAGAGCCACGACCCAGAGGGAGCACGCCACCGGAGGGGACACAGCGGAGAGGGCGACGGGGGACCACGGGAAGGGCAAGGGCGAGAAGAAGGAGAGGGACGGCAUCGGGAAAUGGCUGGGGGGCCUGAGACGAGGGGGCGGGACGGAGGCAAAGAGCGGACCGGAAGUAAAGAGCGGACCGGAAGUAAAGACCGGACCGGAAGUAAAGAGCGGACCGGAAGUAAAUAGCGGACCGGAAGUAAAUAGCGGACCGGAAGUAAAGAGCGACCCGGAAGUAAAGAGCGGACCGGAAGUAAAGAGCGGACCGGAAGGUGAGCGUCAGGCGGAGAGGAGUGAGGAGAAGCUCAGCGCGGCGCCGAAGGAGAGCGUGGCGGAGAGGGCAGACCGCAAGAUGUUCCACAUCUCGCUGGGCUCCCGCAGAGAAACCCACAGCCGCCUGCUGGCCAUGUAG